CUUUGGGAGCGCACCGUUGCCGAAGAAAAACUUCGCGUGGCCUUCCAGUGGAAACAGCUUGAUUAUGACUGGCCAAACAACGACACUAAGCUUCUUUUUACAGGGUAUAAGCAAGAGGAUAAUCUUCCCCUUGGUCUCGAAAUCACGAGCAAUAGGAUUUUUGUUACCGUACCGAGAUGGAGGCGCGGUGUUGUUGCGAGUUUGAAUUAUUUUUCCAUUAACGACACGCGAGAAUCCCCUACAUUGAUGCCUUAUCCUUCGUGGGAGGCGCACCAAUACACAGAUGGAAGCGUACCAGAAAUUAUUUCAACAUUUCGAAUCCGAGCAGAUCGUUGUGAAAGGCUCUGGGUUCUUGACACAGGAUUUACUGAUAUUUUGGAUAAUCCAGAACAACAAGCACCGCCAGCAUUACUUAUCUAUGAUUUAACGAACGAUCGAUUGUUACGAAAAUUCGUUAUCCCUGAAGAUCAAAAAACGGCCGAUUCACUUUUCGCGAAUAUCGCCGUCGAAGAUUAUUCCUGCGAGGAUACUUAUGCGUACUUGGGUGAUUUGGGUGGCCCAGGAAUGGUAGUUUAUUCGUGGAAGACGGAUAAAUCAUGGCUUGUCAAACAUCAUUUCUUUCACCCUGAUCCUCAGGGUGGAGAAUUCAAUGUGUCAGGAAUUUCUUUUCAUUGGACUGAUGGCCUGUUCGGUAUUAGCCUUGCACCAACGGGUGAUGGAUACAGCACAAUGUAUUUUCACCCACUUUCCAGCAGCAUGGAAUAUUCGGUUAGCACUAAGCUACUUAGGGAUCCUGAACGUGCCACUUCUCUAGAUAAUUUUCAUGAAUUUUAUACCCUUGGAUCUCGUGGACCUAAUGGCCAAAGUAGCAUAAGCUUUUUAGAUCCAAACACCGGUGUUCUUUUUUAUGCAUUGACUAACCUGAAUGCCAUUGCAUGCUGGAAACCCCGAAGUAUGUUUACAAUUCAGCAACAAGGCUUCAUUUAUAUGGACAACGUUACAAUGAUCUUCCCUAACGAUAUGAAGAUUGAUCAAAGUGGAAAUAUCUGGGUACUCUCAGAUCGCUUGCCUACUUUUAUGUACUCUCACUUGGACCCUGAAGACUACAACUUUCGAAUUCUUACGGGUUCAGCCAGAGAGGCUAUAAAGGAUACUGUUUGCUCGAUGAAUCCACCCACAACCGCCAAUAGGCCAAGUAACUUUUCGACAGAAGUGAAGACCGUUUCUUCAAAAUCGACUGAGAAUUCUGGUUGCGUCAAUAAUGCAGAGUUAAUACUGUCCUUGGCAACUGUCGUAGUACUUCUUGCAAGAACAUAUAAUUGUUGCUUGUUUUCAGAAGUUGGUUUAAGUGUAUUACCAGGUGUAUCGAGAUUGGAUGCUUCUUUCACGUAUAUAAGAAAGAAGAAUUGUAUUUUAAAGCGUUUUAAAACCAGUACGUUCAGCGACGUGGAUAGUAAGAAUAGUGAUACCAUGACGAAACUGGAAAGUACGAUUCCAGGUCUCAAUAAUUUUCCGGCGAGAGACCUGAAGUUCAAAACACCGUAUAGUUUUCUUGAAGGAAGGAGGCAAAUAGAUGGUGCAGAAGGUCUAUGGAGAAUUGGGAAUAGUUUAUACGACUUAGAAGGCUUCGCAAGAAACCAUCCAGGUGGUCAAGAAUGGAUUCGUCUUACCAAGGGUACAGACAUUACGGAACUUUUCCAGACACAUCACUUAACCGAUAGAGCGUCAAGACUUCUCCCAAAAUACUUCGUAAAAGAAGCAGUUUCACCACGAACAGUGUCGUUAACGUUCGAACCGUAUGGUUUCUUUUCCACUUUCAAAAAACGUGCAGUGGAAGCCUUAAAAAAUGUUGAUUUCCAUCGGCCAUCGAGAAAAUCUAAUCUCAUCGCGGAUUUUCUUGCCACUACCACCAUGCUCCUUUGUCUCGCAGUAGCUUACACGCAGUCUUAUUUAAUGAUCGUGCCUGCUGGAAUCUUUCUCGCAUGGACUACGAUAAUUGGGCACAAUUAUUUUCAUAUGAGGGACAAUUUUCGAAUGUAUUACUUUGACUUGAGUACAAUGUCGUCGAAAGAAUGGCGGAUAACACAUGUAAUGAGUCAUCACAUUUAUCCCAAUACAAUUUGGGAUUUUGAAAUUUACGCGCUGGAGAAAUAUGUUCAGUGGCUGCCAAAUUACAAGAAAUCGUUGCUGAAGAGUGUAAUUAGCCAAGUCAUGAGUCCUGUCAUUUAUGCACUAAUGUUUUAUGAACAAUCAAUCAAAAGAUAUUACUCUGUGUUCUUUGAGUUUAAACAUUUUGAGUUUCGGGACAUAGUACCCUUCUUUAUUCCAACGCUGAUGUCUUUCUUCGCACCGAAUUUUGCAUCGACUGUGAAACUUUGGUUGCUAAUUAUUCUGACAGCCAGUUUUAUAUUUGGUAUGAUCGGUUUUAAUGCAGCUCAUCAUCAUCCUGACAUUUUUCACGAUGGCGAUAUGUACAGGAAGGAUCUCGAUUGGGGUUUGCUGGAACUGGAUACCGUGAGAGAACGAAAGGUGAUCGAUGAUUCUGAUUUUCUGGUGUUGACAAACUUUGGUUUACAUGGUCUUCAUCAUCUUUUACCAACCGUGGAUCAUUCUUAUUUACCACUUACUAUCAAAGCUUUCGAGGAAACUUGCAAGGAAUUUGGAAUCAGUACGGAAAAGCUUAGCCAAUGGCAGCUUGUAAAAGGGCAGUUUAAGCAGAUAUUACGUAAAGAGUCGAAAAAUAAUUCUCGAUAAAAAAAAAGAAUACCGAAAGUGAUCCGAACUAUAGUUAUAUUUUUGUAAAUGAUUCCUUAAGUUUGUCUAUUUAAUAGAUGAGAUAUAAUAAUACGAAUAUUUAAAGCACGUAAGACAAUGAUACGGUUGAAACGAACCGUCGUUUCUUGAUUCAUCAAAUCUCUGAUUCAUAAAUCAAUAUUUUACGCUAUUAGAGGAGGAACCGAUAGAGAUUAUCCGAGAAGGAAGGAGAGAAAAAAUGGAAAAGGAAGGUGAAUAUGUGUCUUAUUAAGUAAACGCAGGGGACAUUUUUGUUAGUAUUCAUUAGAAUGAAUAUAUAGGUAAUAACUUAUGGGAAGGGUAUUUUCUGUGUAGUCUUUGAAGAAGCGAGCGUAAGAGAUGUCAACACAGCAUUAUUACAGAAGAAAUUACUUGAGGGGAAUAAAAUUGUUUGAGUUUGAUGCUUAGUGUC